UAUAAUUCACGCAACCUCUCGAUAUUUGAGCACGAGUGAACACAACAAUGGCGGAGUAUCUUGCAUCCAUUUUUGGCACGGAGAAGGAUAAGGUCAAUUGCUCUUUCUACUUCAAGAUAGGAGCAUGUCGUCAUGGAGAUAGAUGCUCUAGAAUUCAUAACAAACCUACAUUUAGUCAGACUAUUGUAUUGAUCAACAUAUACCAGAAUCCCCAGAACAGUGCGCAAACAGCCGAUGGCUCCCACUUGGCGGGCAUUUCCGAGGUAGAGGUACAACAGCAUUACGAUGAUUUUUUCGAGGAUGUCUUUGUUGACGUCGAAGAGAAGUAUGGAGAGAUUGAGGAGAUGAACGUGUGUGAUAACCUGGGAGACCAUCUCGUUGGCAACGUCUACGUCAAGUUUCGUAAGGAAGAAGAUGCGGAAAAGGCCGUAGCGGACCUGAACAACCGGUGGUUUAACGGGCGGCCGAUCUAUGCUGAGCUUUCUCCAGUGACAGACUUCCGUGAGGCGUGCUGCAGGCAGUAUGAAAUGGGCGAGUGCACGCGUGGCGGGUUCUGCAACUUCAUGCACCUUAAGCCGAUCUCACGAGACCUCCGUCGAGAGCUGUAUGGUAGAAAGCAACACAGAGGAGGAGGAGGAGGUCGCCUGUGCAUCGGUCGAGAUCCCCACGCCGCACAUCGAAGGGCCAUGACCGUGAGAGACGUGGGCGCUCACGCAGCCGCGAUCGCAGCGACCGCACCGACCGCAAGCGAUCAAGGUCACGAGAGCGUGAAGGUCGCUCGGGAAGAUUCUGAACAUCAUGGAUCUCCAUCGUCUUUUCUGUGUUUUAUUGUCAUAGUAGAGGUCGCGAGUAAUAGAUAUAUAGAACAGCCAGUUGGUCGGUUGUUGGCAACGUGAACUCUUAGCAUCUCGCAGUGUCACAUGUGUAAAGCUUUAUUCCUUAUUGUUCGUACCUGUAUGACCUCUGGUAAACUCGGGAGAACUACUUACCAACGUACAGCAAAGGGCGUGUGCCUUCUAGUACUUCUACUUGGCGUAUCUAUGGUUAUUCAAAUUAUGCAAGUGUUUCAUUAACCUGAUUACGAAUGUCAGUUGAGAGUGCGAGGGGUAAUUUUUGACGACUAUGUUUAAACACAGUCCUUAGCAAUUUCUCUACAUGUUUUUAUUUCUGAUUAUUUAAAGGUGAAGCACGUGUGUAAAGCAUUUUUUCUUUGAGUGUAUAUAAGGUUAACAGGACUUUAUUACAUAAGCCAUGUUAUCAAAAUUUGGUAUUCGCCUAAAAUAACCAUUGUUCAUCGUAAUUGUAUGCGGGAAUUAUUCAGUAGCGGGACCAACUGGCAGUCUUAUGAGCACGUCGAAUGUUGCGAUUUUAUUUUUGUGAAGAUUGAGCGGAAUGAAUUCGGUAACCGUGUCGUGAGUUUGUGUACAAAAAUUCCAUAGUACUAGUAAAAGCAUUUCCACCUGCGCCAACGUUCAAGUGUCGUCUAAAAUUCCAGAACUACGUUACUAUUGUGUCAUUGUGAAUUUCCAAACUUUCUGUGGUCCUCGUGAUUCGGAUUGAUGUUGAAUGCGAAUUUGAGCGUAGUGCAGGCAUGCGCCCCUUGUUGGUGGUGGUCGCGCGGAAUUGGCCAUACUUGCUUUCUCGGUGACUCCAAAACGAUGUGCCGGAUACCAUUGAAGACGUGGCGCCACCUGUAGGAAAGUUUCACCUUGGUUGGAACAUGGGAAUGGCAACAGCAUCAGGAAAGUGUGUGCCUGGUUAACUCGCCACGAAAUGUUGCAAUUUGUCUGUGUUACUCUCAUUGUGAGAGAACAUUGUUUGCGCAGACCCAUAUUUCACUUGAUUUUCGGUACUCUACUGGGCCUAAAGCGAAUGCACUGUUUGUGUGCACCGUACGUUGGUUUAUAAGGCUGUUUUUUGUGCAUGGGCGUACGCACAUUUUAAACACGUGUCAGUUUCAGUAAUAAACAUUUUGUCUCUAAUGGAAA